ACCAGUUCUCCUUUUUUCAUUUUCUUGUCUUUUUCGACAACAAUGGUCCAAACUCAGGGCGUUGAUUUCAUCGCGCUGCCGCUCACACACCGCAUUUUGCUGUACGGCCUGAUGGGCUGGGUCGACGAAGUGGUCUUCACUGCGCUGUCUGAUAUUGUCUUUCCCCCGAGCCUCGAAGUGCACCCUGGCUACAAGCGAUAUGCCUUUGUCGGCUACUCGUCACUGUGGUCGUUCUUCAUUUAUGCCAUUGCCAGCCUGUAUCUCGAGUUUGUCUACUCCAAGCUCAUCCAACGCCGCUUCCCGUGGCUCCUCCGCGGCCUGACUUACAUGCUCGGCAUUUUCACCAUCGAGUUUGUUGCUGGCUUGUUGCUGUGGCCAUUCGGUGCCAACUCCUGGGAUUACUCGCAUGCGCCGUGCCAUGUCUGGGGCAUGAUUCGGUGCGACUAUUCGAUCGUCUGGUUCACUGUGGGUCUGGGCCAUGAGCUCGUGAUUGAGUAUCUCUUCAACCUCCACCUGCAAGCCACCCCGCGCGACUCGCACCACAGCUUUAGCCAGAAGCUCGUGGAAUUCCUCUCGACGGGACACAAGCUAGCAACGCCCACGCCCAAAGCCGAGAUUCUUUUGACGGAAGAGCAGCAGCUCGAGCUGCUGCAGGCCGAACAGGUCGAGUCCAAGAAGACGCUAUAAACACCAAGUCUCUGCUUGGCCAUUUUUCGCCAAAUUGUACAAUGCUUUUGUGUAGUAGUUUGUAAUUUCUCUCCUUAAGAUUGAAACCACGAGAUGCGUCUGUGACGCGCUCUGAGAAAUUGUAUUGGGAAUGUUUGCCUUUUUGGUUUGUUGUUGUUGUAUUUUGUUGUAUUUUUGAUGAUUGCUUGAAAAUGAGAUACUGUAUUGCUGCUUGA